AUGUCUUUGGGGAAAGAUGCCAACGUAGGGCGGCUGAUUGAGCAACUGUGUAUAGCCGUAGAGGCGUCUGGUGGCAACCAGGCGGCUGGGAAAAUGCGAGAGCAAAGCGAGUUGAGCAGGGUACUGACCAAGAUGCGAGCAUGGUUCAACACACGUGUAUGUCUGUUCAUUAUUGAUGAUGUGUGGGCCAUGAAUGGUAUAGAUGCGUGUAUUCUGCAGAAGUUAUCUAUUCUCGCUGACACAGCGGGAGACAGCCGAGAGAGGAGCAGACUUCUGUAUUCCACGAGGGACUCAGAGCUGAAACAGGUCGGUAAGCGAGUGACUUUCGAGCCGAGGGAAAGGGAAGGGAGCGAUUCAGUUCACAUGCUCAUGCUUGCUAGCGGGGCGAACCCGGAGGAAGCGAAUGAUCCGAGAUUCAAAGAGGCCGUGAGGGAAAUAUUGAAAUUGUGUGCUGGUUUGCCGCUGGCUCUGAACGUAGCCGGGACGAGUGUCAGUGAGAGUCCAAGGGAUGGGUAUUUGUUGUCGUUAGACGCGACAUUACAUGCGUCACUAGAGAUUGUGGAGUCCGGCAUGGGGAGCGAUGCGGAGAGGUUAGGUCAGUUUUCGUUUCGAAAGGUACAUCGGAGUCUGUGUGUUAUGAAGAAGCAAGACGGGAUGCCUUUGUCGUUGGUAAGAGAGUUGUGGGAGAUGGACUACGAAUCGGCUGAAAAGUACGCGAAGCAGAUGGAAAGGGUUGGAUUAGUAGACCUUCAUUACGACAAGGAUUGUGGGUGGGUACGGAUGCAUGAUCUGACGCACGAUUUUGCGGUGCAGGAGGCGCAGAAGGAGGACAGUGUAACGUUCUGGUAUAAGAAGUUGGCAGAUGUAUGCAGGCAGGGAGGAGGACUGCUUGCUAUGACUACGAGCGAGGGCAGAGAGAGCAAGGAUGCAAGAGAGAAGUAUGUUUUCGAGAAUAUAUAUCGCGUUCUGAAACAGGGCGGGUGUGUGGAGGAGCUGAAGAAUCUAUUCUUGAGUGCACGAUGGGUGAAGGCAGUGAUACAGAGAGGAAGUGUGUGGCAAUACGAGGAAGCUGUAAAGGAUCUAAAUAGGCUUUUGGGGAACACGGGAGGAAGCGAGAGCCUUUUAAGGGAUACGGGAGAAGAAGAUUCGGUGUAUGCGAUGGAAUUGAUGAUGAGAGCUGCACGACUGAGUGUACCUUUUUGUGGUGAAAGCAGUGCAGGGAUUUACUUUCAACUGUACGGAAGAAUCAAGCACAGGGCAUCAGAAUUAGGUAGCGUGCAAAGGAUACUCGAGGAAAUCGAGGAACACGCGCCACGGCCAUGGGUGCGGCCUGUGAGUGAAUGUGUAGGGCGAGCGGGAGGAAGUUUGGUGGAGCAUAUUGUGCUUCCGAAUACUCCGAUUACCGUUUACGAAGUCGGCAUGGACUCAACGGGUGGCGUGUAUGGACACUAUUCGAACCCGGGCGACACCAGGAUCACAGUUUUCACACAGUCUCCGGACAAGGAAAUGAAGAUGACUGAAUUAAGCAACGAUUUUGGAACGGGGAGCCGAAAAUUAACGUGCGGUUGUGUCAGUAUGAGCAAACGCUAUGCAGUUAUCGGAUAUGAUGAUGGGACACUACAGUUCUGGAGUGUAUCGGAAAAGAAAGUGUUGUGGAGUGUCUGCGGUCAUGAAUCGCGGGUGUGUAGCGUUGCGAUGAGUGGUGAUGGAAAACGUGCAGUAUCUGGAUCGAAUGACGAGAGCGUACGAGUUUGGGACGUGGACACAGGACUGCAAAUCGGCGACGCAUUAACUGGACACACGGAGGUGGUGGUGGUGUAUAGCGUUGCGAUGAGUGGUGAUGGAAAACGUGCAGUAUCUGGAUCCCGGGACGGGAGCGUACGAGUUUGGGACGUGGACACAGGACUGCAAAUCGGCGACGCAUUAACUGGACACACGGGUGGGGUAGCGAGCGUAGCGAUGAGUGGUGAUGGAAAACGUGCAGUAUCUGGAUCCUGGGACGAGAGCGUACGAGUUUGGGACGUGGACACAGGACUGCAAAUCGGCGACGCAUUAACUGGACACACGGGUGUGGUGUCUCACGUUGCGAUGAGUGGUGAUGGAAAACGUGCAGUAUCUGGAUCCCGGGACAGGAGCGUACGAGUUUGGGACGUGGACACAGGACUGCAAAUCGGCGACGCACUAACUGGACAGACGGGUCCGGUGACGAGCGUUGGGAUGAGUGGUGAUGGAAAACGUGCAGACAAGAGCGUACGAGUUUGGGACGUGGACACAGGACUGCAAAUCGGCGACGCACUAACUGGACACACGGGUCUGGUGACGAGCGUUGGGAUGAGUGGUGAUGGAAAACGUGCAGUAUCUGGAUCCUGGGACAAGAGCGUACGCGUUUGGGACGUGGAGAAAGGGAGUACAGUUCAUCUCGGAAAGUUGAAGGACUGGCGAGAUAUCGUGGAGAGAUUUCUGAAUGCAGAAAACUUACGUGCCGUCUCUCGCACUGGACAUAGGCACAAAAGGCUCAAAGUUUUUGAGAGCGGGGGGAAUAUUGUGCAUGAGCGAGAGAAUGGCUCUGAGGCUGUUUUGGCGCAGCUGGAGAUUCCGGUAAAUCGGUGGGAGGUAGACGAUAAUCAUGGGGUCUUUGUUGCAGCGGCCGGCAAGCGGGUGGUUAUUAUGAAGCUAGUGGUCUAGGUGUGUAUAGGUCUAGGUGUGUAUACUCUACUUCCCUUGUCCUCUCGGCCAGACACAGACGCUUCUAUUGUACGGUACGUGGUGGCACCUGUGGUGGGGAUAGCCUGUUUGGUUUUUUUACAUGUAAAGUCUUGAGAAUUCCGGUUUAUUGACCGCGUCGUCUGGAA